GCUCCUCUCCUGCCGCAGCCGCGCGAGCGCCCGACGUGCCGCCCGAGAGCCAGCCAGCCAGCAGCGCUGCCUGGCUCUGCUGGCCCCUCCUUUCUCGCCGUCUCUUCCUUUUCCUCCCCUGCCCGUGGCGGCUCCGGGGCGCUGAGCCUCGCCGUCCUCUUUCUCCCCUUCCUCCUGGGUUGCUCCUCGGCGGCUCCCAUGGCGGCCCCGGGUAAUAUCGUGUCCGUUAUGGCGAGUAAGACCAAGACCAAGAAGAAGCAUUUCGUUGCCCAGAAAGUCAAGCUCUUCCGGGCCAGCGACCCGCUGCUCAGCGUCCUCAUGUGGGGGGUGAACCAUUCGAUCAAUGAACUGAGCCAUGUUCAAAUCCCUGUUAUGCUGAUGCCAGAUGACUUCAAAGCAUAUUCAAAGAUAAAAGUGGACAAUCACCUUUUUAACAAAGAAAAUAUGCCAAGCCAUUUCAAAUUCAAAGAAUAUUGCCCAAUGGUUUUUCGUAAUUUGCGAGAGAGAUUUGGGAUUGAUGAUCAGGAUUUUCAGAAUUCCUUGACAAGAAGUUGUCCACUUGCUAAUGAUUCUCCAGCUCGGAGUGGUGCCCGAUUCCACAGCUCUUAUGACAAAAGAUAUGUCAUCAAAACUAUAACAAGUGAAGAUGUAGCAGAAAUGCACAAUAUACUGAAGAAAUACCACCAGUAUAUAGUGGAAUGUCAUGGCAACACACUACUUCCACAAUUUUUGGGCAUGUACCGGCUUACUGUUGAUGGAGUUGAAGUGUAUAUGAUUGUUACAAGAAAUGUAUUCAGCCAUCGUUUAUCUGUUUAUAGAAAAUAUGAUUUAAAGGGUUCAACAGUAGCGAGAGAAGCCAGUGACAAAGAAAAGGCCAAAGAACUCCCAACGUUUAAAGACAAUGACUUCAUCAAUGAUGGUCAAAAGAUUUAUAUUGAUGAAGCCAACAAAAAGAUGUUCCUUGAAAAACUUAAAAAGGAUGUUGAGUUCCUUGCCCAAUUAAAACUCAUGGAUUAUAGCUUGCUGGUUGGAAUUCAUGAUGUUGAAAGAGCAGAGCAAGAGGAAGUAGAAUGUGAAGAGAAUGAUGAAGAUGAAGGAGAAAGUGAUGGGGCUCACCCAAUUGGAACACCUCCGGAUAGCCCAGGAAAUACACUGAACAGUUUGCAGCCUUUAGCUCCAGGAGAAUUUGAUCCAACCAUUGAUGUUUAUGGUAUAAAAUGCCAUGAAAAUGCAGCUAGAAAAGAGGUAUACUUUAUGGCUAUUAUUGAUAUUCUUACUCAUUACGAUGCCAAAAAGAAAGCUGCCCAUGCUGCAAAAACUGUGAAACAUGGGGCUGGUGCGGAGAUUUCAACAGUUAAUCCUGAACAGUAUUCAAAGCGAUUCUUGGACUUUAUUGCCACCAUCUUAACGUAACCUAAUGCUCCAUUGGACAGUACAAGGUCUGGAAGCAGCAGCAACUUGCUACAAGUGUGUAAGGGGUCUUUAAGAAAGCUUCUUUUAAAAGGAACUCAAGUUCUCUCUUGCAGAAGGCAGCCCCCCAACCCACCCACCCCAUUUACAUCUGCUGGCAAAGAUGACUGACUGGGGUGAAAUACUCGCUUUUACAGCUGCCUGAUUGUGCCCAGCAUAGUUUUAGCUAUUUCUGACAUGUAUGCGUGUGUGUGAGUGUAUGUGAGUAUGAGUGUGCAAAAAUGAAUAUAAAUUAA